GUUCACAGGUUCAGUCAUGGUGUACAGCACGUUCUCUAAUGAAGAGUACGACCGGAGGAACGAUGAUGUGGAUCCUGUGGUGGCGUCGGCCGAGUAUGAGCUGGAGAAACGGGUGGAGAAGAUGGACGUGUUUCCCGUGGAGAUCGAGAAAGGUGAUAAAGGGCUGGGGAUCAGUAUUAUAGGGAUGGGUGUUGGGGCAGAUCAGGGUCUGGAGAAACUGGGCAUCUUCGUCAAGACCAUCACGCAGGACGGAGCUGCAGAGAGAGAUGGCAGGAUCCAGGUGAAUGAUCAGAUUGUGGAGGUGGAUGGCAUCGGUCUGGUUGGUGUGACGCAACUCUUUGCUGCGUCCGUCCUGAAGAACACGAAGGGAACUGUAAGGUUUCUGAUUGGCCGAGAGAAGCCUGGUACUCAGAGUGAGGUGGCACGCCUGAUCAGUGAAACCCUGGAGCAGGAGCGGCAGCAGCAGCAGGUGGACGACACAUACGAGCAGUCCACUGAAGAGGACGAGCACUACGAGGAUGAGGAGGAAGGGGGAGAGGAUGGCAUCCUUGGUUCGAGUUUCGGCAGGAGGAAUGUGGAAGUGUACGAUCUGCCCGAGAGCGAGGAGAUGUUCCUGCCGUCAAACAUGGACGCCGCUCAACUAACUUUAAGAUUUAAAGAGCUCCAGAUAAAACACACCAUUGCAGAAGCCGAAGUAGAUGAACUGAAAGAGAGAUUGAGAGAGUCGUCAGAGGAGCGUGCGGCGUGGGAGGCGAGGGAAGCUCAGUUAGAGAGGAGCGUUCAGGAGAACUCUGAGAGAAUCGCUCAGAUGGAGAAGAACUGGCUGGAGGCUCAGGCUCUCUGUAAAAGCAUCAACGAGCAGCUCAAUGACACGCAGAGCCAAUAUGAAGCUCUGGAUAAAAAAUACAGCAAAGCCAAGAAACUGCUCAAGGACUAUCAGCAGAAAGAGGCGGAGUAUGAGCAGAGGGAGGAGGACUUACGGAGAACUCUGGAGGAGAGAGAGGCCAAGUAUAAAACUCAGAUAGAGGAUCUGCAGCGCAGGCUGGCAAAGCUUGAGUCUGGCAGCGGUCGUCAUGAGUCUCCACUGUCGGGCAGUAAGUCUGCAGAUUCAAUUCUGCUGGGAGCGGACUGGAGCGAGGUGGUUCCUGAGACGGAGCGUUUGGACACCAGCGCCCAUCGUGCAAAGGCCCAGCUGGCCCAGAGAUCCAAACGGCAGCCACCGUCCCGCAGUAAACUCAAAGAGACGCUCAGCUCGCCAGCGAGAAGCCCACAGGUCGCACAGACAAAAGUUGAAGGCAAGCUGUGUCAUAGAUUAGUUAAAGUCACGUGCAUCAAAAGGGGUUCAGCGGAGUUACUGGAGGAGUCAGGGGUCCGAGUCUCCCCUUCAGAGUCCGUGACCUCCAUCCCCACCUGCAUGCCCUUCUCCUGGUUCGGAGAGAAAGACAAAGAGCGAGACAGAGAGCCAUCGUCCUCAUCCAGCAGUCUCCCACACACCACUGCAGACGCCAGCGAACACAGCCACAGCUCCAAAAACAAGACAAACCUCUCCUGGUCGUCUCUGUUCAGUCGCUCCUUAGAUUUGAGUUUGUCAGUGCUAGAUGAUUCGAACCCCAGCAGUCCUGCUUCCGAUUUUUCUGGGCUGGUGGUGGAGCCCAACCUGUCAGGCCGCUCUCAUACAUUAACCUUCUCCUCCAGCGAGAUGCUGGAUGAGGAGCCUUGUUCUGGAGGGAAGGAGUAUCACUGGCAGAACCGUCCCGUCUCUGAUUGGACGUCCCAGCAGGUGUGUCAUUGGCUGAUGGGUAUGAACAUGGAUCAGUACACGCCUGAGUUCAGCACACAGGCCAUCGAUGGACAGCAGCUCCUCAACCUGGACAGUGACCGACUGAAGGCUCUGGGUGUUUCCAGUCAGAAUGAGCGAGCCACCAUCAAGAAGAAACUGAAGGAGAUGAAGAAAGCACAAGAGAAGAUGGAGAAACAGCGGGAAAAGCGUGAGAAAGAGGCCAGACGCAGCGGACGGCUGCCUGCCAGCACUGACUCGGUGUGCUGAUGAUGUUCAGAGCAUCAUCUUUUCCUCUUUUAUUCGUCUUCGUUCUUGACGCACUCCAUUGGCAGACUGUUUACAACACAUAUGAGCCAUUCUAGAGGAGUCACUAUGAGUGAAUACGGUCAGUAAGUCAUUAAUAACAGUCAGACGGUCGAGCUGAAACACUAAGGAAGAUCAUAUUGUACUCUUUUCACUUCAGUCUGUGCAGCACACAUAUGAGCAGAAAUAUACUGUUCAUCUACAGGUUGUGAAUUUACUAAGAAAAGCGUUUACAGAUUGAACCCAUCUUUAGGCAUGUUUCCUUCACUGUAAAAAGAUCAGUAUUUUGUCUUUUUUUCAGUAAAAUAUCUCAGCAUCGCUAAAACAAGAUUAAUGUAUUUGCAUAAGAAAAGACAGAUUUUUAGAGAAUAUACAAAAUGUUGUUAAAUGUAUAUUUUUGUUGUCGUUUUUGCUAAAAGCUUACAUUUCCAGAAGAAAUUGCAUUUAAUUUAAAAUAAUCCUCUGAAAGAAAAUACAUCUGUAUUAAUGUAUCCUAAGAACGUUUAGAUCAUUUUCCUGGAAAACAAGACAAAAUGCUGAUUAAGAAAAUUACUUUUUCAGUGUUCUGAGUAAGUGAGAUAUUAGACUAGCUUGUGAGAAAAUGAAUAUGGCGGUCCAAUUCAUAGCAGACCCAAACCUUUUAUUAGUUUUAAUUGUAUUUUAUGAUACCACUGUAGGAGCUAUAAAAAAAGAAAACUUGCUAAGGGGUAUAUAAAUAUUCAGAUGCCUAUUUUCACAACGUUGCCUCUAAUAUUGUGGCAUGAAUAGUGCUUUCAAAAAAGAUUUUGUAUUGUAUUUUAGGAGUACUUCUGGCCUGUGGUGCUAAACGGGUCAUUUUGCUGGAUCCUUGUACAGCCGAGUAAUAUUGAGCACUAUAUUUUUACUGAAACAAAAGGGGAACGUGGUUUAUAAAUGUACAAAUGAAAUAUUUUAUACACUACUAUUAGCAUAGCUUUAAGGAAGAGACAUUAACUUUUGUACACAUUUUCUACUAAGUAGAAUAGCUUGCUGGUUAAAACCAUUUUGCUCAUUCUGAAAAGCAGAGAGUUAAACUCAAAGUGAAAGGUGUUUGAACAUCUCGUUUGUUGUUUUUAUUUGGACGGUUACUGCUUUUAUAUUAUGGAUAUGGGUCAAAAAUACAUAACUGUUGCACAGUGUAGCAUAGUUUUAGUAGUGGCCAUGGCCCAAAUUGUAUUUGACUAACAGAGGCUGUAAUGAAUUUAAGUACUGGAUAAUCAUCUGAUUGUAA